AUGGUUAGAGCAAACGAAUGGGGUGUGAGUUGCUUGGAAGUAUUGUUAAUGCUGGGAAGAACGGACCAUGGCUAUGUAGAUGAAGGAUCGCGAAAAUUAGUGAGGCAGGUGGGCCAGAUAAGCGAGUGUGGAGGCGUAGAGUGUGAGGAUGUCACGAAUUGGCGUUGUGAUGUUCGCCCCUCGCUGCCAGCAGAUGUGAUGAUGAAAGUAAGGCUGCUGUCAACGACACGGGUGGUCUUAGUGGAGGUGAAUGAAAAGGGUCUUGGCUUGUGUGUUUUCUUAUGGAAGGUAGAUGUGAGACCCCCCGCCCCCAAGAGACCUCCAUAUCCCGAACGUGGUGGAUCGCAGACGCUGUGCCAGUGGUCCUCCUCCGCAUCCAUCUCGCACCUUCAAAAUCGAAAAACUUUCACCCCUAAAGAUGCUGAAAUGAAAUUGGUCCUAAAACACAGGAAGCGUAUAAAAAGAGCACUCUUUGAGCUGAAAAUACGCUCGGAAGAAAUCCCCAACGCAACGCAAAGCAAUCAGAUAUCUCGGCUGACACCAAAAACACCACGCUCCCCCUGCAAACAUCCCGGCUGCCACCACACGGCCUCCCCAGCUGACAGCACUCAGCCCCUCACAUUCCCUCCGACAGCACUCAGUCCUCCCACACACUCAGCCUCCCCGCCUGACAGCACUGUUCACACAGUCCCACCACAGGCCUCCACUCAACAACACGCACCACACUCAGCUCCCCACCCAGCCUACCUCCCCCGCCUCGACACUAGCCUGACACGGCCUCACAGCCCUGACACACUCUCCCCGCCACUCUUCCCGACAACUUCCCUCACAGCACUCCCCGCCUCCCCGCCCACAGGCCUCCCACUGCCCACAACAGCACUCAGUCCCCGCCCACACGGCCUCCCCCCUGACAGCACUCGUCCCCGCCUGACAGCACUCAGUCCCGCCCACACGGCCUCACAGCACUCAGUCCCCGCCCACGCCUCCCCGCCUGACAGCACUCAGUCCCCGCCCACACGGCCCCCCCCUGACAGCACUCAGUCCCCGCCCACACGGCCUACCCGCCUGACAGCACUCAGUCCCCGCGCCCACACGGCCUCCCCGCACUCAGCCCCCGCCCACACGGCCUCCCCGCCUGACAGCACUCAGUCCCCGCCACACGGCCUCCCCGCUGACAGCACUCAGUCCCCGCCACACGCCUCCCCGCCUGACAGCACUCAGUCCCCGCCCACACGGCCUCCCCGACAGCACUCAGCCCCGCCCACACGGCCUCCCCGCCUGACAGCACUCAGUCCCCGCCAGCACUCAGUCCCCGCCCACACGGCCUCCCCGCCUGACAGCACUCAGUCCCCCCCACACGGCCUCCCGCCUGACAGCACUCAGUCCCCGCCACACGGCCUCCCGCCUGACAGCACUCAGUCCCCGCCCACACGGCCUCCCCGCCUGACAGCACUCAGCCCCGCCCACACGCACUCAGUCCCCGCCCACACGGCCUCCCCGCCUGACAGCACUCAGUCCCCGCCCACACGGCCUCCCCGCCUGACAGCACUCAGUCCCCGCCCCACACCCUGCCUGACAGCACUCAGUCCCCGCCCACACGCCUCCCCGCCUGACAGCAUCAGUCCCGCGCCCCAUCACCAACGCACUCAGCCUCCCCGGCCUCCCCGCCUGACAGCACUCAGUCCCCGCCCACACGGCCUCCCGCCUGACAGCACUGUCCCCGCCCACACGGCCUCCCCGCCUGACAGCACUCAGUCCCCGCCCACACAGCCUCCCUGGCUGACACACUCAGCCCCCGCCCACACGGCCUCCCCGCCUGACAGCACUCAGCCCCCGCCCACACGGCCUCCCCGGCUGACACCGCCGCCCGCGCCGUGUCAGCCUUGCCGGAUCAAUGGGGCUGAAGCCCGCCGCCCGCGCGCCGCCCCGGAAAAGGAUUCCUUUAUGGCCGAAAUGAAGCGGCUUUCACUCGCAAAUGACCUGCAGCCGCGGCCGCCCUUCGGGGCUUCGCGCCCAAGACACAGAAGCUGCAGCGCUCGCAAAUAUUGGAACGCUGAUCAAAAUAUGGCCGGCGCCGCGGCGUAA